AUGGCGUUACACACCGUCUUCCCUUUCCAUGUGGGAGAGGCUUCAAAUGAACGAGUCAAGAUCAUCCCCUUCAACCCAGACCAACACUGUGAAACCUUCUUCCGUCUAUCCUCGCCCCAUCCCGAGAUAUACGAACACAUGCCCAUGCUUCCCCCGGCUUCAGAAACCGAACUCAAAUCACGAUUCUACAGUAAUUCAACAAGCCACAUUCUUUCUUUCUCCAACCCAGAGUCCUUCGCCUUUGCGAUCAUAGACAAGACAAGGCCCCCAUCUCCAGAAGAUCCCGAGGGUGAACUAGCUGGCACUGUGAGCUUUAUCCGUACAUCGCCGAUAAACCUGUGCACUGAAAUUGGUUUCAUUGUCAUCCUGCCUCCGUAUCAGCGAACCCAUGUGGCAACUAAUGCCACUGGACUCGCUCUACAGCUUGCUUUUGACUCUGCGGAGAAAGGAGGCCUUGGAUUACGCAGAGUACAUUGGAUGGCUAGCACGAUGAACCCUGCCAGUUCUCGACUUGCGCAAAGGAUGGGAUUUGAGAAGGUUGGAGUCAUUCCUUGGCAUAUGCGGUUUGUGAAAGGGAAGAUAAGUGGCAAAGUUGGAAAUGGUAGGGAGUUGCCGCCUGGAAGUGAUCCUGAGGAUGUGUGGAGAGACACGGUAAAUCUUACUCUCGCUUGGGAUCAGUGGGAAAAUGGCACGCGAGCAAGGGCGGCAAAGGCUAUGGAGCGAUGA